CCAAUUUCGUGCUCUAACCUGAAUUCCAGGAGCUGAAUACGUGGCCCUAUCGGUGGCAUACCUCUUACCCGGUGCACCACACGCAAACAGGAUAAGAGAUGGACUACUCCAGCAUUCAGCAAGACCCUGCGGGUGCCUCACCAUGGGCCUCUCCUCGAGCUACAGAAGCCACGUAUCCCCCCUCGAGCACCAGCGAUAUUCCUCCCUCGCCGUUACCCCCGCAUCAUGAGUCUCCGUACGAGGCAGCUGGGGAUUCGCAGCCUGCCGAAGCUGCCGAACAUAAGACACCAGGAGAAGGAGACGUCGGCUCACCGAGUUUAUCAGAGCGAGUACAAAAUACGCACCUGAACGAAGCUGGCUACGCGGCAGAACAACAACCCCGAUCGCAGGUUCCCGCGCGGUACCAAACAGGCGCUCGACAGAAUGCGAGGCAACCGGCCCCAGUGUACAAGAUUCAGGCCAAGAUAACGGGACUGGAAAGAACAGGCAAAAAAGAUCCCAUCCUUCGAUUCGAUGUGCAUACCAAUAUCCCAAAGUUUAGAACUACUCAAUACCGCGAUGUCAGGCGGACCCAUUCUGAGUUCGGCAAGCUUGCGGACCAUCUUAUGUCAGCCAAUCCCGAGGCACUUGUUCCGGCUGUACCUGCGCCUUUGACCCCUGCUGGAGCCGGGACAGACGAGGACGAAUUUCGAGUAAAGGCUUCAAUGCAGCGAUGGCUGAACACUGUACUGAAUAAUGAAGUCCUAAUUCAGGAUGACGAGAUUGUAUUGUUUGUUGAAAGCGACUUCGGAUAUAGUCCCGUUGUUCGCAUGAAGCAACCCGCGACAGGUGUUCGGAGGAAAGUUUUGAAGCAAUUUGCACCUCCUCCUGACGACACGCCGGAGCUGCAAAAUGCGCGCCCUGUCGUCAAGAUGUUUUAUCUGGGUACUAUGGAUGCGAGCCAUAAAGUUGAUCGUGUAGUCAAGGCUCGACGAGGCCUGGGUCUCGCGGAGUCAGAUUUUGGCGUUAAGGUUGGACAGAUGCAUGUCCAGGAGACGCACCCUGGUCUUUCAAAUGCCUACCGCAAGCUGGGGAAGGUAAUUCAAGCCGUGGGAGACUAUCAUGCGGUUCAGGCAACUGCAGAGGCAACUACUCUUGGGGAUCCCCUUAGUUACCACUCAUCGGACGCCUUCAUUGUCAAGGAAACACUUACCAACCGUCAUAUUCUGCUUCGGGAACUGCUACAAGCUCAGCAAGCUACUCGCAGCAAACGCGCUGCGGCGGACCGGCUGAAAGUCAGUUCAUCUGUUCGCCCCGAAAAGGUAGACGAGGCCAUCAGUGCACUUGAUGAAGCACAGAGUCAAGAGGACUAUUUGACCAAAAAGACGCAACGAGUAACAUCAAACCUUCUGAAUGAAAAGCGCCGCUGGUUUGAACGAACCUCCAACGAUGUGUGGCUGGCCCUGCGUGAAUAUACGCUGCGCCAGAUUGAGGCUGAACGGAGGACUCUCGCAACCCUGGAGAGCGUAAGGCCGGAUAUCCGUUCAAUUGACGCCUCCGGGGGCCUCAGCCGUCUCGGUCGUGAAAGCCACCCAACUGGGCGGCGUCCAAAUUUGGCUUCAAGCCAAGGCCCCAAGGGCGAUGCUUGGAGCGGUAUUCCACGUCGGAGCGACAGUCUUGGACGUAGCCUAAGCGGCAGCUUCGCCGCCCCUGCUCCGGAAGAGGAUGAAGAGACAAACGGCCGUCUUCGCUCACCCAGCGGCGUCAGCUCGAUUGUUGAAGAUGAUGAUGAUCGACUCGACGCGCGAAACGCCGCCAGCAGAUUAGCUGGAAGUACUUUCUGA